AUGUUGUACCUGGGCGCAUUAUUAUUAUCUUGUCUGCAUGGCGUGGUGGCAGAAAGGCUUGAUGCAGAUCUUAUGUCCUUCGUCACGCUCCCCGAAGUACGAGCUUUAAAGUGGGAAGUCACUCAUCAUGAUCGAGAACGUCAAGCCCCCGGAUAUUGGUUUGUCGCACCAUAUGGCCAGAUUAGCCCCGAGGAAGCCACCAAAAAGUACCAACAGUAUCAAGUUGGUCCGUAUAUCUACGAUAAUGAUGGGAUCCUCGUUUGGGCAGGUCCAACCCUUUUCGAUAACCGCAACACCUUCGAUUUCAAGGCCAACCUGAAUAUAGAUGGCGACCCCCACCUUUCAUUUAUCGUCAUAUGGGAUCGCGAGAAUAGAGAAGACAAGGGAACCGGUGUCAUUGUGGAUAAGCACUUCCAGGUGGAGCACACCGUUACCCCCCCGGAAAAUAUGAGCGACUUCAACAUGCACGAAUUCAACAUUUUGGAUGGCGGCAAGACCGCCAUGGCUUGUGUGUACCAUUCGCAAGAGAUCAGUCUGGCAGACCAGGGUCGCCCAGAUGAAACAAGCUGGGUCGUGACUGGUGGCUUUGCUGAAUUCGAUCUCGAAACCAAUGAGGUUCUCGCGGAGUGGAACAGUGCCGACUGGGUCUCUGUCGCAGAGUCGAAGUUGUUCCUUGCGACGGAUAACCCUGCACACGAUUCUGGCAGCGCUUGGGACUAUGUACAUGCCAACUCGGUGGACAAGAACGAGGCUGGUGAUUACAUCCUUUCGCUGCGAUACACCAACACCCUUUACGGUAUCUCUCAUGAUGACGGAAGUAUCAUGUGGCGACUUGGUGGACAUGGGGCACUUAGUGAUUUCGCGCAAGACUUCACUUUCUCGAAGCAACACGAUGUGAAAUUCGUCUCUUCUAAUGGCACUACCCAUGUUAUAUCCUUCCUGAACAACGCAGGCGACGAACGUGCCGCUGACGAAACUAUGUCUUCCGCUUUGUAUGUGGAAUUGGACACUGAAGCCAUGACUGCUACCGUUCUCAAGCGCUUCAACCGACCUGAUAAUGGAUUGACACUUCUUCGUGGAAACACCCAAACCCUUCCCAACGGUAACACAUUUGUCGGAUGGAGCGAACGGGGUUAUCAAUCUGAGCACGCUCCUAACGGUGAUGUACUGAUGACUGCCCAAUUUGCUUCGAGUCGCUACUCCACCUACCGUUCCUACAAGUCCGAGUUCAUUGGUCGUCCUAAUACCCCGCCUGAUGUUGUGGCCUCCGUCUACGGUACCAGCAACAUUGACAUGACUACCAUCAUCCACGUCAGCUGGAAUGGCGCCACUGACGUUGCUGGAUGGAACUUCUAUGCCCAGGCCUAUGACCGUGGUGGAGCUGUGCUUAUUGGCCACGCUAACAAGACCGACUUCGAGACCAUGUACAUUGUUGAUGGCUACAUGGAUUGGAUUGUUGCCGAAGCAGUUGACAAGGAUGGCAAUUCGAUGAUGAAGUCUGAAGUUACGCGCAGUGAUGCUCCCGCUAACUGGCACUCUGUCGGCUUCCAAGGCGCUAAUAACCCAUCCCCCGAUGACCCGUCCCUCCUCUCGGCGGCCUACGACAAGAUUUCGUCUAGUUCCUCCGACGAACACGAUGAUAGCAUGAGUGACGGCAUGGAUAUGGACCACGAGGCUGCAUCAGACGAUUCAUCCUACGCCAAUGCUAAGGAGGUCGCACAAUCCGUCUACAAGGCCUACGAAGUGAUUCGUGGAGUUGGUGGUCUCUUGAUUUUCAUCUUAGUCUCAUGCAGCAUCGGUGGUGUGGUCUACGGCAUUUACCGAGUCGUCAAGCGCCGCAAGGUGCGCUCCUACCAACACAUCGCCUCCGAUGACGACCUUCCAAUGGAAGAGAUGGAUCGCCGCUCUCGGGCUGAUUAA